GAUUCGGAGGAUAGUCGCGACCGAUCAUAGCUGGCGCGUCGAUCGGGGAUCAACGGGGAGAGAGAGCUGCUGCCGUUGCCGCUUUACUACUGUCGUUGCUACUGCUGCUAGCGCUGCUGGUGCGCUCUCGUGCGGGCUUCUCUAUUACACGAUUACCGGGUUGUGACGCGCGUGCGGGCCAACGAAGCAAAGCGACGGAGAGAGAGACGGCGAGCGAGAGCGAAAGAGAAAGAGAGAGGGAGAGCGAGAGAGAGAGAGAGAGAGAGCGAGCGAAGAGAUUCCUCGCACGUUCCUAAACUUCUCUCGGAUACAAAAUACACUCUCUCUCAACCGAGUGCCUGCAACGGAUGACUGUAGCAUUCUACCGGGCGGCAAGUGUUGUGACAUCCGUCGUUAAACGCGUAGUGAGAAAUAAGCGGCUCGCCGUGAAAUAGUGUUCGGUGCCCGAGAAUAUAGUGGAGUAUUACGGGAUUCAGUGUCACGUUUAUUCAACGCUUGAGGUGUGUGCGUGCGCGCUCCGCUAGGAUCCACCGGGAUCGGAUUUUCAUUUUUACAUGUAUACAUAUCGAUCUGUCAGUAGGGCGAGGAUCGAUCAGCCGGUGUGUUGGAUCGGUGUAUUCGAUGAUUGUGAAGCGAAACGAUGCAGAAUAAAAGAAUCAGGCUUUUCGGCCAAGUGAGAAACGCGAACGUACGCCAGGCUCGUUGACACUUGUAAUCGAACCUCUCUCUAUACCGGUCGAAUCGUCAACACGCGUCACUAGCACCGCCACCGUCAGUACACGCCGGUACUGCCGCCGCGACUAGUGCUACGCAACUACUAGCGCAACAACAACAACGAAAACAACUAGCACCAGUUGGUUCGCUCUUCGUUGGCGAAGCGCGGGGGCGGCGGGGGCGGGGGAGAAACCACCCUGCCCGCUACGCUAUCUACACCCACGCCUCUCGAACCCUGCAUGUGCACGCGUCAUAUCGUUUUUGCCUCGUGUCGCUCUAUUACACCGCGAUAACGUAUGCUCGGUGCACAAGUCCAACUAAAACAAAAUAUUCGCGCGGGAGUAAGAGCGAGAAACAAAAAGUUUCAACGCGAUAUUGAAAAGAAAGAGGAGGGGGGGGGAGGGGGAACGCGGCAUCGAGGGUGGGAGAAACAGCAAAAUUAUUCGGAUCUAGUAUCUGUCUUUUGAAAUACGUUUUUCGUGUUUUGUGCGUGCGGGGCUCGAACCCGGUUACGAUUCUCCGUUUAUAAACGUCAUUUAUACCCACAAGUAUAUACGAGCAAACAAUAAAAUGCAACAGAGAUAGAGAGAGGAGAAAAAAUAACUUCAGACUUAAAACAGGGAAAAGACGUAACGAAAAUGAACUUCAGCCUCCCAUACCAAAAGAUUGAUAAAUAAGAUAUCAUUUUCGAAAUACUCAUCGAUCGAAUAUUUACAGUGGCAAAAGUGCAUAAAGCGGUGGUUUUUUCUUGUUAGUUCUUCGAGAGUGCGACUGUUUUUAUCACCAGUGACUGUGCACCUCGCCAGUGCUGUGGAUACAACAAAAUUUCACGUAUUACCUCAAACCUCAAUAAUAUUAUAUCGUUAAGUGAUUGCUCGAAGGUGACGAGUGAAUAAAACAACGACACGAUGCUAGCGUAGCGGAUUUCGCAAAUCACGGCCCUAAGUGGCCGACACAACAUGUCACAGUUCUCCUACAGAGGAUCACCGAACUUGCAGUGUCCUGCAGUGACAACAGUGAGCGGAUCGUCGUUGGCCUCGUCGUCACCGUCGCCGGCAGCAACGGUCAAAUCAUUGCUGAGUGGUAACGGCGCGGGCGCGAGUGCCGGAAGUGCGUCGAGUAGCGUAAGCGGAUUGCAUCAAUUGAGCGGCGUGCAACAACAAUCGGGAAGAAUGGCAGUCACGAGCGGAGUAGUCAGGCCGGCGCCGGGGAGUCCGACGUCCUCGGUAAGUCCGUCGCAACCCGGACACGGAGUUACCGCGACGGCAACGUCUUCCGGCGGUGGUCCAACCGGAGGGAGAUGCUGCGACACCGGCCGGCCCCUCUUCACCGAUCCGAUAAGCGGCCAGACCGUUUGUUCUUGUCAAUAUGACAUUAUCGGAGGCUAUGGACGACUCGGUGGCUUGCCACCGAGUGCGUUAUCGAUGUACAGCGCACCUUACGCGGCGGCAGCUGCCGCCGCAGCGUCCGAGGGUAUUACCGCCUACUUUCCUUCCCUCGGGGCUGAACAACCACCUUUCUACACGUCCACGGCAGCGGGACUGGAAGGAUUGAAGGACAACCUGGGAGCCGGUGCCGCAGCGGGCUGGCCGUACCCAUCGGUUUACCAUCCUUACGACGCAGCGUUUGCAAGCUAUCCCUUCAACGGUUACGGAAUGGAUUUGAACGGAGCGAGACGGAAGAACGCGACUCGAGAAACGACGAGUACUCUAAAGGCGUGGCUCAACGACCACAAGAAAAAUCCUUAUCCGACGAAGGGUGAGAAAAUAAUGCUCGCGAUAAUCACGAAGAUGACGCUGACCCAGGUGUCGACGUGGUUCGCGAACGCUCGGAGACGGCUAAAAAAGGAGAAUAAAAUGACGUGGGAGCCGCGAAACCGGGUUGAGGAUGAGGACAAUAAUAAUGACGACGAUGACAGCGGGAGAAAGAGCGUCGAUGAUAAGGAUCGAUUAGCAGACUCGAAAGAUUCGGGAACCGGUUCGAGCGAGGACGGUGAGAGGCCGGCGCAUCGUUUAGAUCUGCUGCACGGAGGCUCGGGAGGUCCGGGAAUGUUGCAGGGUAGAACUGAAAGCGAGUGGAGCGAGUCGCGGGCCGAUAGCGGUCCUGAUAGUCCGGAGUGCCUGUACGAUCAACGGGAGCCCCGCCAUCCGCUGCAUCUCCAUCAGCAACAACAGCAGCAGCACCAGCACCAGCACCAGCACCAGCAGCAGCAGCAGCAGCAGCAACAUUCGCACCAUCAUCAUCAGCUUCAUCAACACGGACAUUCGCAGCAUCAUCAGUCGCAUCCGGCGUUUCUGGGUGCGGGGAUAGGGGGCGGAGGUAGCACGCGUUUGUUGCGGCACGGAUCACCCGAUGGAACUUCGCCUCACGGAGGAAUGAGCCAGGUUUUGGGUGUAACGAGUCAUCAUUUGGGAGGAAGCACGGGAAGCGCGGUGGCCUCCUCGGUCGGCAAUACGGGGGUGGUGCAACCGACGAAACCGCGAAUCUGGUCGUUAGCGGACAUGGCGAGUAAGGACGGGGAGCAUCAUUCGCCGAGCGUCGCCGCGUUGAGCGGUCUUUCCUCCGUUUACGCGGGAAACGCGGCCGGAGCUGGAGGCGGCAACGGAGGCGGAAAGAUCGUGAGCCCUCUGGCGAGUAGACUGCAGCCCCAUCAUCCGUUGCACCCGGCGAUGCACGCGGUCGGCCAAUUCGUCCGCCCGCAUCCGGACUUUUAUCGUAAUUUUUACGGAGCCUCGCAUCUCAGCGCUGGCGCUGACAUGUCACUCCUCGAAACGUAUUCGAGAACGUUGGGCGGUCUUGGCGGAGUAAUAGCCCCGUCGGGUGGUGCACCACCGGGUAUGUCCUCGAGUACGGUAGCCUCGUCGGUAGCGGCAGCCGCGGCUGCGGCGGCUGCAGCUGCGGCAGCAGCAGCGACCUCCGGCGGUGGGGCCUCGUCGAGCUCAUCUUCGUCAACCUCAAGUAAUCAUAAAAGUUUCGCGAUAAACGGCAGCGCCGGUUCCAAUCCUACGAACGUGGCGUCCGGUACCGGCGGAGGAGGAGGAGGAGGAGGAGGCGUGCUGUUGACAACGGUGUCAUCGGGAAUAUCGCCCUCGAGUUCGUCAUCCGCGUCCUCCGGAGGAUCGGAUCAGUCGCCUCACCCAGCGAACAGUCAUCCACCGUCGGAGCUCAAGUCACCCGGACGAGUGUGAUUUCCUGAGGGACGUUAGUAUAACAAAGGAAAAUAAAAUGGCGGUAAGAAUGGCGAAAGUAAAAGCAAGACCAAUCGAGAGAGCAAUUCAAACGCCUGGAUAUUUCGGGGUCCCCAAUCGCGCAAAGUUCAAUCAUGAAAGGGAGAGUGCGCGAGAAGGGGGACCCCUCGUCGCUGACAAUAACAGACUAAAAAUCUUGUAAUUAGUGUACAGUUCAUAAAGACUUUCCGUGUCCCGUUUCGUUCCUCGCGGAGAUCCGAUCGGUAUAUAUCCAGCCGCGAAAUCAAAAAUAAAAAUCACCAUCUUUUAGCCAGACUACCUCUUUCGCGGACCAUCUUAAAUCCUCCAUUAUCACCCACCUUUCACUAUCAUCAAACCCAGAUCCUUCCACUCGUCCGAACAUCCGCGAGUAACGAACAAACAACAAAUACGAAAAAAAUAAACAAAAAUUCCUUAGGUACGCAGUUAUCACACGACAGUCAUAGUCCGCAUGGAUAUCAAAUGCGUUCCGCUCCGAUGUACGAUAUAGGCUCAGACCUAUAAGUAUAAAUAUUAUAUAUAUAUAUAUAUAUAUAUACAAAAAAUGUAUAUGCAGACGUACGUGUAUAUAUACCUGUGUCUGUACAUAGUACGAUACAUCAAAUGACGACAACUAUGUACGAACCAUGUAUUUAUGCACGUAUAUGCACAUCGAUAUUAUACAGAUAGCGUUUAUUAUUAUUAUUAUUAUUAUUAUCAUUAUUAUUGUUGUUAUCGGCGUUACGAUGACGGUGAUAAUGAUUACUAUUAUGAUCAUUAUUAUAUAUUAUUUAUGCGUUUGUAAAUAGUAGUCGAGUGGCUGGCUGUGACAGUCACGCCUCAUACCCUUUUCCUCUUUCCUCGCUACAUUCCCCUCGUCCUUCCUCCCCCUCCCCAGGCCCCAAUCUCCCCAAACCCCCGUGUAUGUAUUGUAUGUAGAAUAGGUACAUGAUUAUUAUACCACCUGAAUUAUAAUCCGUGCUAAUAAUGCAAGACGACGACGACGACGACGACGACGACGUUGAUGAUAAUGAUGAUGAUGACGGUGAUGGUGAUGAUGAUGAUGAUGAUGAUCAUGACACGAUGAUAAUGAUUAUAUUACUAUACGAAGAUUAAAACGGAUACAAAGAAUAAAACAAUAAUGAGAACACGCCGAUGACAACGACGACGAAUACUGUGACGACCUUUAUUAUCAUUAUUAUUAAUAUUAUUAUAAUUAUAACGAUUAUUAUUGUUAUUGGAAUGUUUAACGUACUAUCGAUAAAUCGGACGGGAUCGUAGUUGGAUUCGGUAGAGGGUGCAAUUUGGCUGAUUUAUUUCAUUACUCCCCGUUGAUGCUUUUUCAAAACGUAUGAAAUAUAUAUCAUCUUUCAAGUGAAACGAUUGAAAUUUUAAAAAACGAGCAAAAGCAUACGCCUGUCCGUGGACAAUGCGAAAUAUCUACAUAUCAGAAUUUGCUCGGUUACUCAUUUGUACGCUGAAUUUUUUGAAACUACGCGCGGUGUGAACGAUGAACGCGACGGUAAGGGAGACGGAAAAUAUCGAGGGAAAAAUCAGCGUCGUAUUAUUUCGAACGAGAACAGCCACAUCGCACCUCUCUUAGUCAUUCGUAUCCAAAUUUGGUACGUCAGAGGCGUGUCCCAAUACCACAUUGGUAAGGAGGACUCGAGGGGGUGAAAAACAAGAGGGGGACGUAUAUGCAGGUCAAGCCUUUCGCAAUAAAAAGAAGAAAAAAUUGACAAAUAAAAAAAAAUGACAAAAACGAACAUUACGAAAAAUGAAAAAUGAAAA